CCAUUUCAUUUCUCCUUAAAAAUUGAAAACAAUUACUAUUUUGUUUUCUAGUUUUGGUGUUCUUGUGUAGUACGUCCAUAGUAAGGAUGAGAAGUCGCAUCGAAAGACUAGUGAUCCUUCCUUUCUCCAUCGGUUGUGUUUCUCAGUCUAGUGUAGCUGUGGUGGAUGAUCCUAAGAAAUCAAAACUUGAACGUGAACAAUCAGAAAAAGAAGAUGAGAGUAGCACAGAUAGAGAAGAAGUAAAUACAAAGAACUCUACUCACGCUAAACCAAAUAUCUCCUUGAGCUUCUACAAAUUGAUAAAGAACUUCAAGAACUUGUCUCAGUUGUUUGCGUACAAAGAAGAUGAUGACAUAAAGAUGGAUAUGGAAAUAGGAUUUCCAACAGAUGUUAAGCAUGUAACACAAAUUGGUUGGGAUGGAAAUAAUAGUAAAGCUACAACCAUUAUCAAGGGAUGCAGUUGGGACAAUAACGAGAACAACCUAAAUCCUCUUGAGCUCUUCUCAUCUAUUCCUUGCAUGGAUUCUCUAAACUAGUCUUUAGCUGAUAAUUACUAACCUUGUUCAUGCAUGGGUUUUUGUAUUUGUUUCAUGAUGUUUAUGAUAAAUGAUGGUGAUUAACAAUA